AGACCAUGGCGAGCCCAGGGAAAGACAAUUAUAGAAUGAAGAGCUAUAAGAACAAUGCCCUGAACCCUGAGGAAAUGAGGCGAAGAAGAGAGGAAGAGGGCAUUCAGCUCCGGAAGCAGAAGCGAGAGCAACAACUUUUUAAACGGAGAAAUGUUGAACUGAUUAAUGAAGAAGCUGCUAUGUUCGAUAGUCUCCUUAUGGACUCCUAUGUGAGCUCUACCACUGGGGAGGGUGUGAUUACAAGAGAGAUGGUGGAGAUGCUUUUUUCUGAUGAUUCUGACCUGCAAUUAGCAACCACACAGAAAUUCCGGAAAUUGCUUUCCAAAGAACCUAGUCCCCCAAUAGAUGAAGUGAUCAACACUCCGGGAGUGGUGGAUAGGUUUGUGGAGUUUCUGAAGAGGAACGAGAAUUGUACAUUACAGUUCGAAGCUGCCUGGGCCCUAACAAACAUUGCCUCUGGUACCUCUCAACAGACCAAAAUUGUCAUUGAUGCAGGGGCUGUACCCAUUUUCAUAGAACUGCUUAACUCGGACUUUGAGGAUGUGCAGGAACAGGCAGUCUGGGCACUGGGAAACAUAGCUGGAGACAGCUCCGUUUGCCGAGAUUACGUCUUGAACUGUUCUAUCCUUAAUCCUUUGCUCACACUUCUUACCAAGUCCACACGACUGACAAUGACACGGAAUGCAGUCUGGGCUCUAUCAAACCUCUGCCGGGGGAAGAAUCCACCCCCAGAUUUUCCAAAGGUCUCUCCUUGUUUGCCUGUGCUGUCUCGCCUACUCUUCAGCAGUGACUCAGACUUGCUGGCAGAUGCUUGCUGGGCCCUCUCUUAUCUGUCUGAUGGCCCCAAUGAGAAGAUUCAGGCAGUCAUAGACUCUGGAGUUUGCCGGAGAUUGGUAGAGCUUCUGAUGCAUAAUGAUUACAAAGUGGCUUCUCCUGCUCUGCGGGCCGUUGGUAACAUUGUCACUGGAGAUGACAUCCAGACCCAGGUCAUUCUUAAUUGUUCCGCCCUCCCUUGCCUCCUUCACUUGCUGAGCAGUCCCAAGGAAUCAAUCCGGAAGGAAGCUUGCUGGACCAUUUCAAACAUCACUGCUGGCAACAGGGCUCAAAUACAGGCUGUCAUAGAUGCAAAUAUCUUCCCUGUGCUGAUUGAAAUCCUUCAGAAAGCAGAGUUCCGUACAAGGAAAGAAGCAACUUGGGCCAUCACCAAUGCCACAUCAGGAGGAACACCUGAGCAGAUAAGGUACCUGGUCUCAUUGGGCUGUAUCAAACCCCUAUGUGACUUGCUGACUGUGAUGGAUUCAAAAAUUGUACAAGUAGCGCUUAAUGGACUGGAGAACAUACUUCGGCUUGGCGAGCAAGAGGGCAAGCGCAGUGGCUCAGGGGUCAACCCCUACUGUGGCCUCAUUGAGGAAGCUUAUGGCUUAGAUAAAAUUGAGUUUCUCCAGAGUCAUGAGAACCAGGAAAUCUACCAGAAGGCCUUUGACCUCAUUGAGCACUACUUUGGUGUAGAAGAUGAUGACAGCAGUCUGGCUCCUCAAGUGGAUGAAACACAACAGCAGUUCAUCUUUCAGCAGCCUGAGUCUCCCAUGGAGGGCUUCCAGCUAUAAUGUCUGCCUCCGGGGAGGGGAGGGGAUGGGAAGCACCACCGGCCAGCAGAAAAGCAGCCCUCUGGUGUGCGGGGGAAACCAUCGCACCACCAUCAGCUACCACACACCUCUGCUGCCCUGGAGACUGUGCUCUUGACCUGCUCCACCCCCUUCCCUGGAGGGACCACCCUCUGGACAGAACCAUCUGAGGCUCACAUUUGGGUUUUGUGACAAGAAGGGACAUGUUGGGUUUUUCCUCUUUACACUAUAUUUUGGCUGCACACAUGUCUUUAACCCAGGAGCCCAGGGGUAGACAAAGGAGGACGGAGGUAAUUAAUUUUUGCACCUUUUUUUUUAAAAAAAAACCCACACCUUUUUCCCCCCUUUUGUGGUGACUUCCUUCCCUUUUAUUUUUCUUCAUCCUUCCCAGUCCUCUGCCCUGAUGUGUUUAACUCUUAUCUUGGGUACUUGAGCAGAUGGAAUAUUCACCAGAGGUAGGGGGUGGGAGGGGA